AUGGCCGCGGAUGCUGAAUUGAAAAAGGCUUUCCAAGAUCUCCAGAUGAAGAUGGCCGACGCCAAGCAGAAGAUCGGUGAAGGAGAAGCUCAAAAGAAGAAGUAUUCGGCGAAAUCUCGUAUUGCCGAUUUAACGGCAGACCAGUUGAAAAACUUCCCAGCGUCAACAUCGGUAUAUCAAACGCUUGGGCGUAUGUUUGUCUUAUCGGGUCUCGAUCAAGAAAUCUCUCGACAUUCUGACGAGUCUAAAGGAUAUAAGGAGAAAGUAGCUGCACUCGAUCGGCAAAAGGAAUAUCUUCAAAAGAGCGUAGAAGAGAGUGAAAAAAACUUGCGUGAGAUGAUUGAAAUACGGCGACGGGAA